AUGGAGGUGACAUGCUUGGAUUCCAAUCCUGCAGAAACGGGCAGCAGCAGCAAGACAGCCGAACACUCUCGAUCUAUCACGAAGCUCUCGCCCUGCGCCGACGCCUCUGUCGGGCCACCAGCGAACUCAGCGCACGGAGAUGGGAGCAACGACAUCGCCGUGCUGCCUCCGAUUGCGGUUCAACCUGUCCCCGCAGCGACGCCCGAUCUCGCGCCGAGGUUCGGCGCGUGCAAUGUGUGCCUGGGUGUGUGCGCCGUGUUACUGUUCGUGCUAUCGGCGCUGUUCGCUGGCAUGAUGACCUUCCACACUUUCCGGCGGGUCGAGUUCGUCAGCAGGCUGCUGCAGGAGGUCGUCAACGAGACAAGGCGGCUCGACAUGCGUGCGGCCGCCGCGACCCUCGAUGCCACCACAACGCCGUUGUUAGGGAUCGAUCCCGCCAGCAGAAACGCAGAUGACGAGGGCGUUGCAAUAGAUAACGGCACAGGCGUGUAUUUUUGAAGACUUAGCCAGUGACACAG